CCAGAACAACCGCGUCCGAACCUCCUCUCCCCAACCCCCGCCACCAUCCCCGCCCCUCGAAUUCUCCUUCACAGUCCCCACUUCGCCCCCCACUGAUCCCGGCGGGGGCCGUCACGGCCGUGGACCGCCGCGUACGUGCUUUCCCCCACCUUAUCCUCGCGACCCCGCACCGAGUCGCGCCGCCGCAGCUUGAAUCGAGGCCGCCGUGGAACCCUAGCCGCCGCCCCUCGAUUCCUCUCCGGCAUCGACAUCGACAUCGGCGGCGGCACGGACGCGAGAUCCAGGCGACAUCGCGCCGACUUGUACUCCGGCUUAUCACGGCGUUGAGUUUGGAUCUCUACAUCAGCUGAAGUUAUUGUAGUAGCAUGUCCACGAAGGAAACAAGGCUUAAGGAAGUUAAUUCUGUUGGGAUGAAAGAUUGGGCUAAUAUUCAGACUGAUAUUGUUGGUCUAAUUAUAAAGAAGCUUGGCAUUCCUGACUACAUCAGAUUCCGUGCUGUAUGCACGUCAUGGAACCAUAUCUGCAAGGAAGUAUCCAACCAUCCAAGGGUGGACCCAUGGCUGAUGCUCCCCACAAAGCCGCUUGAUGGUGCUAAGUUUUUUAGCUUACCUGAAAAAAAGACUCAAACCAUCCAUAUCCCGAGUGUUGCCACGAUAUUUGGAUCCAUGUGGACUCCGGUUGGUUCAUCCCAUGGUUGGCUUAUCUUCUUUAGCCCGCCACAGGGAACCAUCCAGCUGGUUAAUCCCAUCAGCAGCACAUCGUUCCAACUCCCCUCAAUCGGAAGGAGGCACAUGUCCAAGGCCAUGUUGCUUGACAUGAGUGAGAGCAACUUCACUGUUGCUGUCAUCCAUCGCGACCAAAAAGGAUACCAAGUGACACGCAAAGGAAGCAAAAGCUGGUCGUUUGUCGAUUCGAAACACAUUUUGGUGGAUGUCUUCAAGCACAGAAGGCAACUUUACACCAUUGAUGUAUAUGGUACGGUGGAGGUGUGGGCAGAGCCUCCCCGUUCAUGGCCAGAUGAUGACUUCCCCCAGGUGGAACCGCAUAUGCACAACCUCGUCCACUACCAGCACCAGAAGUUCAAUUGUCUGGUGGAGACCCCGUCUGGCGAUCUCAUAAGGGUCAAGCGCCAGUCGCAGAACAAGUUUGCGCUGUGGGUCCUCGACAGGGAGACCUCUUCCUUCGAGCGGACCAGCGACAUCGGGGAAUUCGGGCUGUUCGUCAGCCACUACAGCUCGUUCUGUUUCCCGGCCAAGGACCAUCCGUACCUGAAGGCGAACUGCGUCUACUUCAUCGACGGCUACAACAACAUGUGCGCGUUCAACCUCGAGCACGGGACCAAGGAGCUCGUGGAAGCCCUCGAAGCCGCUGCCCCUGCCCAGAGUCAGCAAGACUUUUACGGGCGCCAGCCUCGAGCAGAGCCGUUCCUAUGGUUAAUCCCUUCUCUUAAGUGAUCAAACGUGUGCGAAGCUGAAACUGGCGUGUACCUAUAUCCUAGAACUGGUACUCUGAACUCCCUAACUAGUACUAUAAGUAUUGGACGUAUUCCUGGUACUUUUGUGGCAAAAACCAUAUGGCUGAAGUUUGAAUUGAGUAGCCGGUCGUUGCGUGUGUUUGUUUUGUAUAUAUAUAAUUUGCAACUGGCUUGUGUUUUUGGACAAAGUUGUAUUACAGGUUCUGGGUUUGCCAUUC